CACACACACAGAGCAGUAUAAGAGGCAUGCGUGUGCCGCUCAUCUGCAGAAGGAGAGACUCCAACAGACGGAGGAUUGUCGGUCUGACAGAAAGAACGCAGAGGGAGUCUUGGACAGUCUUCAGACGGAUGUAACUUUAUCCGAUGGGGUAUUUUCCACUGAGGGCUCACAGAUUCUUCAUCUAGCUCUCGACUACUGGUACUGGUUCAUGGGUCAGAUCUCCUCUCUGCUGCUAUGAGUCCUCAUGCCUGGAUAUUUUGCGCCCUUCUCUGCGUCCUCACUUGUGAACGGAGCAAGAGUGCAUACAAAGGGCCCGUCCUGAGCCGGAAGCGGAGGCUGGUAGAGGACGCAGCCGAUGGGGCCCCGAGAAAGUGCUCUUAUACGUUCUUGGUCCCAGAGCAGAAGAUCACGGGGCCGAUCUGUGCCAGCCAGGGCCCUUCCCUGCCAGAUAAAGAGCGUGUGACACAGUCGGACAUAGCUGACGUCCGGGAGCUCUUGACCAAGCAGAGACGUGAAAUGGACACACUCCGGAUGAUUGUGGACGUGGAUGGAAACAUGGUCAACGAAAUGAAACUUUUACGCAAAGAGUCGCGAAACAUGAACUCCCGCGUCACCCAGCUCUACAUGCAGCUGCUGCACGAAAUCAUUCGUAAGCGGGACAAUUCGCUGGAGCUGGCGCAGCUGGAGGGACGCAUCCUGAACAGCACGGCCGAGGCGCUGCGGCUGUCCGCCCUCUACAGGGAGCAGGAGGUGCGCUUCUCCGCGCUUGCUGCGCUGGUCAAUAACCAGUCGCUGCUGAUCGGGGCUUUGGAGGAGCGAUGCCUGCAGGUGUACGGGAAUCACAGACGGGAGCCGCUGCCUCCGCCUCUCGUGCAGGUCGUGCCUGAGAACAUCCCCGUGUACGUGCCUCGCUUCUCCAACGAGAUCCAGAGGACUCACGGCUGGCCCGUCUCGGAGGACAGGAAUCCCAGGACGGCUCCGGCACCCACAGGAGGCUCACUGGACCAUCCUCCUCAGGGGAACGUCAGUCUGGAGGGUCCCUUUCGGGACUGUCUUCAGGCGAUGCAGGCUGGACACUCCACCAGCGGGACGUAUCUUCUGAAGCCGGAUGGGACGGAGACGCCUGUACAGGCCUGGUGUGAGCAUGACGUGGACAGAGGCGGCUGGACGCUUAUCCAGAGGAGAGAAGAUGGAUCCAUCAACUUCUUCAGAAAUUGGGACAGCUAUAAGAAAGGCUUUGGUAACGUGGAUGGUGAACACUGGCUGGGUCUGGAAAACAUCUACAACCUGGGCAAACAGGAAGACUACAAGCUGCUGGUGGAGCUGGAGGACUGGAUGGGGAAGAAGGUUUACGCGGCCUACAGCAGCUUCCACCUGGAGCCCGAGAGCCAGUCGUACCGUCUGCGUCUGGGAACCUACCAGGGCAACGCUGGAGAUUCACUGACCAGCCACAACGGCAAACAGUUCACCACGCUGGACCACGACAACGACGCCUUCUCAGGUAACUGUGCUCAUUUCCACAAGGGCGGCUGGUGGUACAACGCCUGCGGUCAGGCCAAUCUGAACGGCGUGUGGUACUCUGGAGGAGUCUAUCGCAGCCGCUUUCAGGACGGCAUAUUCUGGGCCGAUUAUGGAGGCGGUUUUUACUCUAUGAAGUCUGUGCGUGUGAUGAUCAGACCCAUCGACUGAAGCCUAACAGACUGAUUUCAGCUUCUUCAUGGAGAGAAACAGUUUGUAUGAGUAAUGUUUGGGGUUUGCUUGAUUUACAAGUGACAUGACAGAGAACCAGAUGAAAGUGUAUCAUCACCAUUUUUGUAAUUAAACUUUGUCAGUCAUCUCAGUGUCAUGCUUUGAGCACAUUUUAGCGAAAAAAGAAAAAGAUGUUUUUCAUGAUUGGAAAUAAAUCAUAAAAACAUCUGUGAUGACUACAGGGCAAAACAACCUAAUUGCUACCUUGAAGAGCAAUUUCUACAUGAUGUAACUCAUAAAAAUAAAUGAAUAUAAAUAAUUGUAUUUAGGUAAAUUUAGAAAUGUCAGAUUUUUUCAAUGCAUCAUGAGCUUUUCAGUGAGAACAUAAAGUAACAAGAUUUUGCUUUAACAUUGGAAGCUUUGUUUCAAUGUUCUGAUUAUUACUGUAGUAAUAAUGUAUCCAAAUACUGCCACUUACAGUGUAUUAUCCUUAAUUACAUUAUCAUUCUGUUCAAACACAGAGACUCUAGAAAUGUUCAAACAUGCGUUUACUACACAUUUAGGUGAAAAUUAGCCGUCCGGUUUCUCCCACCUCACAUCUUCUGUCUGGAGGAAUCAGGGUUUGUUUUGGUGGCUUUACAGACAUUACAGAAGCAGAAGAAUGAGCACAGAAUGAGAAACAUAUUGCUGGGCUCCAGACGGCGCUGCAUUGGGAAAGUGGGUAAGAGGAACCGCUGGAUGGAAACGGGCCAAAUG